GCGGCAGCCUCACUUCUCUCUACAGCGUUGGAUCCGCAUUGAUUGACGAUAAUAAACCGAAUCCAUUAUUUCAGCUGGCGCCAGCAGCAAAUCGCCCAGCAUGCACAGCUCCUUCACCCGACUCCAGAAUGUCUUUGGCUUCUUCACCACCGUCGCCUUCGUCCUGGGCGCAUUCAUCGCGGCCACAGAUCUCGGCUCCGCUCGCACGCCCAGCGGCGUCAUAAAAACCGACAACAUCCAAGUUGUCAAGGGUCGACCCCACUACUACUCUUCGAAGAAGGAAGAGUAUGCCAUCAUUCGCUUCUCCCUGGAAGCCGACCUCUCCUCACUCUUCACAUGGAAUACAAAGCAACUCUUCGUCUAUGUAACGGCAGACUGGACGAGCCCUGGCGGCAUCAACAACACUGCCGUUAUCUGGGAUAGCAUCAUCACCAACCCCAGUGCCGACCACUUACAGAACAUCGGUCCCGUGGCUAUGAAGAAGCUCAAGAGGAGCGCUGAGGGCAAGAGCAUUGCGCCUGAAAGAGGACUGCUCAAGCUCAAGAAUCAGAAGCCCAAGUAUCAAAUCACCCACCCUAGCGGCAAGAUCGCCGAGACUGCCGACGUAACUCUAAAGUUGCAUUACAACGUACAGCCUUGGGUCGGUAUUUUGACAUGGGAUAUGGAUAAGCCGCUUGCCAUGUGGAAUGCCAUGAGCGGUGGCGUCAGUGACCUCUUUACGCUCCCUGCCCUCAAGUCCAAGGAUACCAAGGGCAAAGACACGAAGGAUAAGAGCAGCACAAAGAGCAAGAAGAGCAAGAAGCCUUGAGAUGCCAGCCUGUUUUUCCAAUAGUAUCAAAUAAGAUGAAAUGAGAUUAAAUCCUGAACCGAAAAUAAAAAGCAAUAAUGAGUC